CAAACAACGUGCAACCCCGGCGGGGCGGCCUUGCACGAAGCCUGUGUCUUCCCGUGGCUGCCCGUGCAAGGUGCAGGUGUUGGAUCCCGGAGCCAGGACGGUUGCAGCCGCCGCCGCCGCUGCGCCCCGCAGGACAGCGCUCCGCACUGGGUGCUGACCCUCCCGGGACCUUCUGCUCGCUGGGACCGGGGCCAGGACGAGCUUUUGGCAAGAUGUUCUCACCGGUGGGCUGCAGGAGGGAAUUCCUGGGCUGCUCCAGGGAGCGCCGUCUGUGGGACCCCAGACCCUUCCCUGGCCCUGCCGACUUCCAUGGGAACGAGGAGGGCAGAUGGGCACCCCACGACUGUCCCCCAUCACCCUCUUGGGAUGACAGAGAAGACAGAGGAGGACCUGAGGACUUCUUCGGAGAGGGCUGGCACCGGCCUGGUCCCUGGGACCCCAGACCCUUCCCUGGCCCUGCUGACUUCCAUGGGAAUGAGGAGGACAGGAGAUGGGCAACGCACAACCAUGCCCCGCCACCCCCUUGGGAUGACAGAGAAGACAACCAAGGACCUGAGGACUAUUUUGGAGAGGACUGGGACCAGCCCGGUCCGUGGGACCCCGGACACUUCCCUGGCCCGGCUGACUUCCAUGGGAACGAGGAGGAUAGGAGAUGGGCACCCCAUGACCGUCACCCACCACCCCAUUGGAAUGACAGGGAAGACAACCAAGGACCUGAGGACUGCUUCGGAGAGGGCUGGCACUGGGAGCCGUGGUCUGGCCCCAGCUGCUCUGCCUGGUCUGAAUUUCCCGGCGAGGAACAACACCCACCGUGCCCCCCUGCCAGCGUGCCAGGGGAGCGAGGCGGCUUUCAGGAUGGCUGCCCGUCCUGGGGCUAUCAUGGGCUGGGUGUGAAACGCAGCAAACGCCUUCGCCGUGGCCACCGAGAGUUAACCUUGGUCCAGCGCCUUCCGUGUUCCUGGCCCUCCAGAGGGAAUCGGCCAUUCUGCAAGUCCUUUCGUUCCCUCCCAGGGACAAGCCAGCCAGGGGUCAAAGAGCAGCAGCGCUCUUCUUCUCCCCAGUCGCUUAUGUCCUGCAAAGGUGGUGUGCUAAGCGGGAAGCAGACGGCUCAGGGCCCACCGGCAGCGAGCAAGAAGGUCCCGGAGCCCCCCAGACCGGCCAGCAGCCCUCAGAAGAGCCCGGCCAUUGAUUCCCGGGCUGCGACAGAGGCUGCAGAGCCAGAGCAGGCAGCAGAAGCGACGUCGGUCGAGCCAGGAGCCGGGCAGAAACCUGCAGGCAGCCACAGCCAAGUGGAAACAGCUUUGGAAACAGAGCCAGCCCUGCCGGAGAGGAGCCCUGCUGGGACGGGGGAGCAGCUUGAGGUAGAGCCGUGCAGCCCAAGUGUCCCUAAGGCUGGUGCAGGUGGUGGGUCACAUCCCCACAGUCCAACAGCCCCUCCGGAGCCUGCCGAGAAGGUCCACGCCACGGCCGGCUCCGCUGGAGAGGCGGGUGCUGAGCUCUGCCCGUGCUCCGGGGGAGAGCAGCAUCUGCAGAAUGGAGCUGAAGAAGCCAAGGGAGAAGCUGCCUGCGAUGGGCUUCUCGGUGUCCUUCAGCCAUCCGACAACUCACAGGUCCUGCCGGGAGCUACCGCGGAGCCUGACGCACAGCCCAGCCAGGCUUGCUCCGAUAUCUGUGCUGCGCCAGAGACCUCACCAGGGACCCAGCACCCUCCUGGGUCCGGUGAGACGGAACCGGCUGCAGACAGCCGGCACCAGCUCUGCUCCACGCUCCCGACACCCUCCCCGGCCAGCACGGACCUCCGCUCCGCUGCCGUCCUCGCCAGGAAGGAGGAGAUCGAGCUGUCGUACCAGCAGUUCAGCCUGACCAUCGCGGUGGUGGCCACAAUGCUGCUGCAGAAGGAGCCCUCCAUGGAGGCGGCGCUGGGGCUGGCGCUGAGAGCCAACCUCCGCCAGGGCCGGAUCCAUCACCUCCAGGAGCUGGAGGAUUUCAUCGACAGCUAUGACUCGGCCACCCUCAGCCGCUGAGGGGGGGGCCGGGAUGAGCGGACGGACACCCCCUCUCACCACCUGGGGUUAGAGGGGGGUGAUGGGGGGGCUGUGCCCGUGCAGCGGGGUGCUCGUGAUGGGGCCGAGCCCUCGGGUCGGGGCGAUACGGACACGUUGGCGCAGUCUUGCCAUCUCUUUUGGGAAUGGAGGAGGAGGGGGCUGCUUAGUUUUAGCCCUGCCCAGACCUGUUUGUGCAGCAAAAGGGGGAGCUGGUUUUACUGG